UUUCUUCACGUUGACAUUCAGAGCACUGGGCAGAAAUCACAUUGCGUUAACACCCGCGAGGGCCAUCGCAAUGCUUUGUUUUAAUUAGACAGUCGGAUUCCCCUAGUCCGUGCCAGUUCUGAGCUGAGUGUUGAAUGGCGGCCGAAGAGGACGACCACGACGGCUCGCGCCGCCACGGAAGCCUCACAGCAAGGAAGAUCCGCGGGAGGCCAAGGCACGGGACCGAGCUCGGAUCCCGGCAACGGCGCGAGAACGCCGACCGUUCACCUCGCCCAGGCCCGGCACGUCAGCCAGACCCGCUUCCCGAUCAAGCUCGACACGCUCCGCUCCUCAGAGCCAAUCCUUAUUCCGAAGUUACGGAUCCAAUUUGCCGUUUUCCCUUACCUACAUUAAUCUAUCGACUAGAGGCUCUUUACCUUGGAGACCUCCUGCGGAUAUGGGUACGAACCGGCGCGACGCCUCCACGUGGCCCUCUCCUGGAUUUUCAAGGUCCGAGGGGAAGAUCUGGACACCGCUGCAACUGCGGUGUUCUUCGCGUUCCAAACCCUAUCUCCCUGCUAGAGGUUUCCAGGGAAUCGAACGCUUAUACAGAAAAGAAAACUCUUCCCGGAUCUCCCGACGGCGUCUUCAGGUCAUUUUGGGUUACCCCGACGAACACUCUUACGAGGGCCCGAAUUGGCUUAGGAUCGACUGAUUCGUGUGCAACGGCUGUUCACAAGAAACCCUUCUCCACGUCAAUCCUCCAGGGCCUCGCUGGAGUAUUUGCUACUACCACCAAGAUCAGCACCGACGGAGGCUCCAGGCAGGCUCACGCCCAGACCCUUCUGCGCACACCGCCGCGACCCUCCUACUCGUCAGGGCCUCGUGACGACCGCGGCCCCCCCACUUGCCGCUGA